AAUAUUUGGAAAAACAGAGCACAAUCUCCAGUCACAGAGUUUUUAGCUCACAAAGAUUGUUUAAAAUUACCAAAAGCCCUUCCCUGUUUUUACAAACAACUUCGUACAACUAUACCUAAUACCCAACCAGAGAAGUCAACAAACAUGAGAGACGGUCAGAUGCUUCUGUCCUAGUCCUACUCUCUCCCCCCUCUUUCUCGCUCUAUAUAAUGGGGAUGGAUGACCGAUCGGAUCCCCAAAUCUCCUAACUGAAAGAGUUACCAAGCCUCUCUCAACUCUCUUUCAUCUCUUCCACGAUGGCAACAGCCCUGACCUGCUCAGCCGCAGAGCUAGGCCAACACCUCGCCGGAGCCACCAACACAACCGCCGCUGCAACCUACAUCUGCGGUCUCUUUAGUCAAGUACAGAACAACUAUACUGACACAAGAUAUGCCAUCGACACCACAUACCUUCUCUUCUCUGCCUACCUCGUCUUUUCCAUGCAACUCGGUUUCGCCAUGCUUUGCGCUGGUUCUGUUCGUGCUAAGAACACCAUGAACAUCAUGCUCACCAACGUACUCGACGCUGCCGCUGGUGGGCUAUUCUAUUACCUCUUUGGCUAUGCUUUUGCCUUUGGAGAGCCUUCCAAUGGUUUCAUCGGCCGCCACUUUUUUGGUAUGAACAGCUUCCCUAUCGAAAACUAUGACUACAGUCAUUUUUUGUACCAGUGGGCUUUCGCCAUCGCUGCCGCCGGCAUCACCAGUGGUUCUAUAGCAGAGCGAACCCAGUUUAGUGCUUAUCUUAUAUACUCUGCCUUCCUCACGGGCUUUGUUUACCCAGUUGUCUCUCACUGGAUCUGGUCUGCCGAUGGUUGGGCUAGUGCUUUUAACGGGAAUCACUUAUUGUUUGGUUCUGGGGUCAUCGAUUUCGCCGGCUCCGGCGUUGUUCACUUGGUCGGAGGAGUUGCAGGUCUCUGGGGAGCACUAAUCGAAGGUCCACGUAUUGGGAGAUUCGACCACGCUGGCCGAUCUGUGGCCUUGCGGGGUCACAGUGCUUCUCUUGUUGUUCUGGGAACCUUCAUGCUCUGGUUUGGUUGGUACGGAUUCAACCCAGGUUCGUUUCUGCAAAUCCUGAAGCCUUACAACACAGGAACAUACUACGGUCAAUGGAGCGCCGUGGGACGAACGGCUGUGACGACUACCUUGGCCGGCUGUACGGCUGCGCUCACUACCUUGUUUGGGAAACGAUUGAUGUCUGGUCACUGGAAUGUCACCGACGUCUGUAAUGGUCUUUUGGGUGGAUUUGCAGCGAUCACCGGCGGUUGCUCUGUUGUAGAGCCAUGGGCAGCGAUCAUCUGUGGUUUCGUGGCUGCUUGGGUCUUGAUUGGUUGCAAUAAGCUUGCAGAGAAGUAUAAAUACGAUGACCCACUUGAGGCAGCACAGCUCCAUGGGGGUUGUGGAGCUUGGGGGAUCAUAUUCACAGCUCUGUUCGCGAGGAAAGCUUACGUUAAUGAAGUUUAUGCAGAAGGGAGGCCUUCUGGGUUGUUCAUGGGUGGUGGUGGGAAGCUUUUGGCUGCUCAUAUUAUUCAGAUUCUGGUGAUUUUUGGUUGGGUGAGUGUCACCAUGGGUCCUCUGUUUUAUGUUCUUCAUCGGUUGAAGCUGUUGAGAAUUUCUGCAGAUGAUGAAAUGGCAGGGAUGGAUCUGACACGGCAUGGUGGUUUCGCUUAUGCGUAUCAAGAAGAGGAUGAUCCGAUGAUGAAGCAGGGGAUAAUGUUGAGAAAAGUAGAACCCACCAUUAACAAUGGAUCUUCACCAUCUGUAUGAUCAUAAAAAGCUUUAAUGGUUUCUAAUUUUUUUAAUCAAUUUCCUUUUUUUAUUUUAAUUGGUAGGGGUGGGGAGUGGGGGGAUAUAUUAUAUGAUUAUAUAUAUGGAUUGGAUUGUGUCUAUUCUGUGGUGGAAAUUGGGAGAUGAACAUGGCUGCUCUAUAAUUCUUUUGGACUAGUAUGGUUUUCUUAAAGUAGUUCUUUAUUGUGGUGGUGGUGACUGGUGAGUGGAGACACGAAAAAAAACAAAAAAAAGGACUGUGAUGGUUAUGGACUCAUUUGGUGUUUCAACUUUUUGUAAAGAUACUUGGUCCUUCUAGUGGAGUUAAAUCCCUUUUAAUUUUAUUUCAUUUACUUUAUCC